UAGAGACGGGUGCGCGCGCGCGCGGUUCUCCUCGAGCGCAUCCGGCAUCAUGUCGGCAUCUGAGCGCGCACUCGAGACCCCAUCAGAUAGGAGCUCUCCUCAAUCCAAACAAGAAGUGGAGCUGAUUCCGCUUGUAAAGGGCAAACAGAUGGAAGACGUGACGGGACGUCAGGAUGAGGGACGUCCCACCACAUCCACUAAAUCAUUCUUAGGCAGUGCUAGUAAAAGCGCCUCUCCCUCCACCUCGUCUCUCUCGUCGCCUUCAUCAGCGUCCGGCAGAGCUAAAAUGAGCGUCUGCGGUCCGAGCAGUAAGACGACUCCUUCCUCCUCCUCAUCUUCAUCACUCUCCUCAUCCUCCUCAGCUCUGUCUUCAGCCGGUCCUCCUGCUAAAGUCCACCGCGCACGCAAGACCAUGAACAGACCGCCGUUCCCACAGAUCAAAUCUGUCGAGUCGAUCACAGCAGCUACACCUGAGAAACCCAUCAGCAGCGCAAAAACAGACGCUGACGCAGUUUUGAAGAAGCGUAAAGUGGGUUUGGAGUCUGAUGCCACGGCCAAUCCUGCAGCAACUCCAGAGAAAGUCCCAAGGCCACAGACAGAGCCUGCACUUAACGUGUCUCCAGCGGCGGCGGGGAAGGUGGAGCCAGUUGCCACAGCGACUAAAGAGCAUCACAGUGGUUGGCUGGAGGAUCUGGAUGAGGAGGCAGAUGAGGAAGAUUUCCACCUGCUCUACAACAGUUACUCUGGAGACGAUCUGAUUUACUCUGACAGCAAGUCAGAUGAUGGGAUGGUAGAGACGCUGGAGGCGGAGCAUCUUUCUGAUCAUAGCUCUGGCUCCGAUCGGCCCCUCGCCGCUUAUAAGAAAACAUCUGCAGAGAGAGACGAGUUGCCAUGGAAACGUCAGGGGAAGGGUAAAGGGCGAGACAAACCCCCUGCUGGAGAGCUGGAGACAGAUAAAGGUGUGGAGUCCGCAGCUGCAGGGGCCGCAGUCGCAGCCACACUGGGCAGCACUGACUACACUGAGGUUCCUCUGGACUCACUGGACAUUUCUGCACCAGACAGCCUCUCUCUGUCUCCACACGCAGAUGGGAGUGAUGCUGAAACAGAGCGUCUGGAGGAGCUUCCUCUGUGCAGCUGCAGGAUGGAGGCGCCGCGUGUGGACGGAUUCAGCGCUCGCUCCAACAGAACCUGCAUGGCCAUAGAGAGCAUCAACGGAGAGCUGGUGGGCUGCACCAAUGUGAUCGUGAAGGGGGAGACGAUGCGUCCGUCCAGCCGCGUGUCUCUAAUGGUGUUGUGCGAGACGCACCGUUCACACAUGGUGAAACAUCACUGUUGUCCAGGCUGUGGAUACUUCUGCCUCUCUGGAACGUUUCUUGAAUGUUGUCCGGACGUUCAUAUUGCUCACCGCUUCCACCGGGGCUGUGUGUCUGUGCUGGGUGGUGGGCGGAGUCGAGGAGGAGUGGGCGUCGGCCUGCUGUUUUGCCCUCACUGCGGUGAGGAUGCAUCAGAGGCGCGUGAAGUCACCAUCCCUCCUGCAGCGCCCUCUUCAGGCUCGAACGUGGUCACUGCAAGCGCGUCGUCCACCACAACCACACCUUCGCUACUUCCCUCCGCGCUCGCGGCCACAGCACGAGCGCUAAACAACGAGAAGAAGAUGGGCGAGCCGAUCAAUGCAAGGAUGCGAUGUCGUGGAGAUCUAACAAAGGGGGCGGAGCUGCAAACUCAGCCGGCCAGUGCCACUCCAGGAGAGGAUGUGGUUGCCCUGGGCGAUGGCGGGGUGGACAGUGUGGGACCGUCGCUCGUCCUGCCCAAUGGGAAGCCAGUCUGUCCCAGUGCACUUCCGCCGGGAGACAGGAGGGCGGCGCUACAGAGAGCCAUUCUCACACAGGACACUGAGAGGAGGAAGAAGCUGCGCUUUCAUCCCCGUCAGCUCUAUCCUGCAGCCAAACAGGGUGAAGCUCAGCGAGUUCUGCUCAUGCUCAUGGAGGGCAUCGACCCGUCGUAUCAGUCGGACUCUCAGAACAGACGCUGUGCUCUUCACGCUGCCGCUCAGAGGGGUCUGCUGGAGGUCUGUUACCUGCUCAUACAGGCAGGUGCUAAGGUGGAUGCCCAAGAUAAGACCCUGAGGACCCCUCUGUUAGAGGCCAUAGUGAAUAAUCAUGUGGAUGUGGUGAAAUACCUGAUCCAGAGCGGAGCCUGCGUCUAUCAUGCAGGACAUCUAUCACCGCUGCACUCGCGUCUCGCACAAGAGAGACGCAUGUUUAGAAAGCCAUGUAAAAUUAAUGAAGAGGACGGAUCUACAGGUCUUCAUCACGCUGCUAAACUGGGGAACCUGGAGGUGGUGAUGCUGUUACUGAGCACCGGACAGGUGGACUUAAACGCACAGGAUAGCGGCGGUUGGACGCCUAUCAUCUGGGCGGCAGAACAUCGACACAUAGACGUGAUCAGAGCUCUGCUCAACAGAGGAGCCGAUGUCACGCUCAGAGACAAAGAGAUGAACGUUUGUCUGCACUGGGCGUCGUUCGCGGGCAGCGCUGAGAUAGCGGAGCUGGUCCUGAACGCUGGCUGUCCUCUGUCGUCCGUUAACCUGCAUGGAGACACGCCGCUGCACAUCGCUGCUCGCGAGGGCUACAUCGACUGCGUCACGCUGUUUCUUUCUCGAGGUGCUGACAUCGACAUUAUGAAUAAGGAGGGUGACACGCCGCUCUCUCUCGCCCGCUGUGACACACCCGUCUGGGUGGCGCUACAGAUUAACAGGAAGUUGCGUAGGGGAAUCGCCAAUCGUGUUGUACGGACAGAGAGGAUCAUAUGCAGUGACGUGGCUCAGGGUUAUGAGAAUGUUCCCAUCCCGUGUGUUAACGGCGUGGAUGAUGAAGGCUGUCCGUCUGACUACAAAUACAUCGCAGAGAACUGCGAAACAUCCACCAUGAACAUCGACCGCAACAUCACACACCUGCAGCACUGCAGCUGUACAGAUGAUUGUUCCUCCAGUAACUGUCUUUGCGGGCAGCUCAGCAUCCGCUGCUGGUACGACAAGGAUCAUCGCCUCCUUCAGGAGUUUAACAAAAUCGAGCCUCCUCUGAUCUUCGAGUGCAACAUGGCCUGCUCCUGCCAUAAAACCUGCAAGAACCGAGUGGUUCAAGCUGGAAUCAAGGUGCGUCUGCAGCUCUACCGGACGGAGAAGAUGGGAUGGGGCGUCAGAGCGCUUCAGGACAUUCCUCAAGGAAGUUUCAUCUGCGAGUAUGUUGGCGAGCUGAUCUCUGACGCAGAAGCAGACGUGAGGGAGGACGAUUCGUACCUCUUUGAUCUGGACAACAAGGAUGGUGAAGUGUACUGUAUUGACGCCCGUUACUAUGGUAACAUCAGCCGCUUUAUAAAUCAUCUGUGUGACCCCAACAUCAUCCCUGUACGCGUGUUCAUGCUGCACCAGGACCUGCGCUUCCCACGCAUCGCCUUCUUCAGCUCCAGAGACAUUUUCACCGGACAGGAGCUCGGGUUUGAUUAUGGCGAUCGUUUCUGGGACAUCAAGAGCAAGUACUUCACCUGUCAGUGCGGCUCAGAGAAGUGCAAACAUUCGGCAGAGGCCAUCGCGCUGGAGCAGAGCCGGCUGGCCCGUCUGGAAGUCUGUCCCGAAACGGCCGGUGAAGCCGGACUCCCUGUGUUGGGACACUCGUGAUGAGACCCUGUGUUUAAUGCACACAUGUACAGCUCUCAAACGUGUGCUUGCGUACGAUUAUCACAGAGAAGGCUAUGUUCGCAUUAUCAAAUGAUUCAUUUCUUCCGUCUGACAGGACACAGGAAAUUAUAAAAUGACACAGCGGCCUAAAGUUCAGCACACGCAAAUGCCGUUUGAAAAUACCAGCAGGAAGUGACAUUUAAAUUCAAGGCUAUCAUUUCUGUUUGGAUCAGGAGGGAAAAUGUAAAAAAAACAAAAAAACUGUGAUUUUAUGCAAACUGUCAUCAGAUCACAAACAGUCCCUCUUUUUCAUUAAAAAUCAUGAGCUUUUUUUGUAUGUGUAAUUGUUUUAAUAAAUACUGUUUUAUACAGAAAUGUAUUUUCCUUUUGUUGUUGGAAAACACAAAUCACAGUUUACCAGGGUAAUCAAAUGCAAUAUUUCAGUUAUCAUUUUUUAUUACUGUCGAAUCAUAAAUCGAUUAGAUGUUUUACAGUUUUCAUAUUGCACAUUCUUCCUCAUGGGUUGACCUGAAUUAUUAGUCAAAGUGUGUCAUUGAGUGAAUGUAGUACUCAUUUCUGAUAAGAGUCUGUAUUACUGUACAGAUAAAUCAAUAAUAUCCAGAGGGGAAAAAGUCAUUUUCACAUGCUAUGAACAGGACAUUCAAAUCUUAACCGAACAUUAUAUAUAA